AUGUUGCUUCUUGGAGAUUAAAUAAGAUAAAUUAAUCCUCCUAUGGCCUAUUACAUUAAAUACUUUGCAAUUAAAAAAGUUCUUUCCUAUAUUAAUAGCAAAUUUCAAGUGCCCAAUUUUAUUGUAUUCUUUAUUAUUAUAAAUCCAAUAGAUUAUUGAUAAACAAAUUACUAUCAUUAGAUAAGAGAUAGAUUUAUUGAGAAAAUAAAAUGAAAAACCAUUUUAAUGA